CACCACACGCUUACGUAUGCACAGUGAAUUGAAUAACACAACUACUAGUAGUCGAUAACUGAUCGUCGUGAAAGAUAUUACAAUUUUCGUUCUUCUGUAAGAAAUUAUUCACUGUGAUUUACGCACUUAUCAGUUAUUUUCUGUCAUUUGUUCAUGAAUGAGAAUGUGUUAAAUUAUAAUACAAAUAUACUCUACAGAAUGGGAAUUUUUUUUUUUUUGUUGAGCAUUUUUAUGUUUACUAGUACUGAAGUUACCGGACUUAUAAUACCUGAAGAGUUACCAUCAAUUCUUUCACUUAUAUUUUCUAACAUACCACCUAUUAAAAAAGGAACGGACUCACGGAUUGGUCUUGGAUUUCGACUAGGUGAACAUGCGGAUUUCCAGACCAUUGUUGAACUUGGUCCACAAAAAGAAACAGAUCCCAUCGGCAAUGGUGAAUCAAAGAGGAGACGGCAAAUUAUAUUAGAGUCUACUACGAGAGGAAAUUACGGUCCUUGGGAUAAAUCAGAAGACAAAAUAAAUUUGGAAAAAGUAAAGCGAAAGACAGCGGAAUUCACAGACUUUGUGAAAGAUCAAAAAAAGGAACAUGACGAUGGAAAUUGGUUGUUAAAAUGGAGUAAAAAAGUAGCCAGUGCUAAAAAUAAUGGAACGCCAUUAGCAAGAAGACCGAUGAUUCAAACAUUAAGGACUAAUAAUGGUAACAAAUAUGAACCAGAGUAAGAAAUAAAAUCAAUUGGAAAAAAAAAAAAUAGUAAUCAAUAUUUUUUAUAAACAUAAGUAAUAAUGAGGUUUUUAAAUAAAUAUUGUUUGUUACGGAUUUUUAAAAAAACAAACGAAAGUACAAUGUAGAUUCGACAACGAACUUAAUCACUGGUAGUGUGGUGUUAAUAAAAUGUUUGCAUAAUAAAAAAUUAACUUAUCAUCACUCAAUUUGUUAUUUAUUUAUUGCAAUAUAUUACAUCAAUUAUAUCAAGAUAAAUGAUCAUAACUUGGUAUCAUCUUAUUUUAAGUAUUCACACCAUAAGAAUUACUAACAUUAUUAUUUUACUUUUAUUUUGAGAUUAGACAUUUGCUUAAAGAGUUUUAGCAUUUUAUACUCUUCAUUUUCAAUUGAGUUAAGAUAUUUCUCCCUUAAUUAUGCAUAUCAAUCACUAAUUACAAUAUGGUACAAUUUUACAUUACUCUCUAAACAUGUAUAAGUGAAAUACGUGGAUAUUCAUUAACUAUCACUAAUUCAUGUUUAGAGAGAACGAUGUCUGUUAUUUCGUAAACUCAAAUGAUGAUAAAUUAAAAUCAAAAUUAAUUUACGCUACUUGAUUUACGUAACUGUUUAAAUGAUUGUUAAUGUAUUCAUAAGUUAAAUAAAGUUCAUCAUGAUCACGUAA